AUGCUUGUCAAUAGUUGCCCUGAGGACGAAAGGUCGCUAAAACCAUCAGUAUACAAAGACGGAAGGCACGCCGUAAGCACAACAACAAAAAUGGGAUAUGCGAAAAUAAAGAACAAUUAUGACAACUCUAAAGCAGUAAUUGCAUCCAAAAAGCUGGUAAAACUUAAGUCUAGCAUCAAAUUUCUUUUAAAAUGCAGAAAAUCAAAAUUAAUUCCUAACUUUAUAAAGAAUUCUACUAGAUGUAAAAAAUUAUUUGUAUUUGACUGUGACACACAUCCUGAAAUAGACAGAACUUUAGCCAGACAUACACAUUACUACCACAUAAAAAUAUUAAGUCUACUGAUCAAACAUAAACAUAACACAUUAAGAAAACAAAAAAAGAAGGUGGAAGAAAUAGCAACAAAAUUAAAGAAACAGCUGAGCGCAGAUGACUUAAAAGAACUCAUGGAGAGUGAGAAAAACGUCGUAGAUAAGCUUACAACAACACGGAAAAAGCGACAAGAAUUUAAAUAUGAGAAAUUUCGGAACAAACGAAAUAAUAUCUUUGUCGACAACAACAAGCAUGAAGAUUGGUUUGUAAAUAAAACGAAAGUAGAGUUCCCGCCAGACGUGAAAUCAUUGCUGUCGAAAGGUCCAAAGUUCGGGUUACCAAUUGAGAACAAAAGAUUCCCUCUUUUUCAGUACAUCGCGGAUGGAGAAGAUCUGAUACAAACUCUUAAGGACAAAGAGCAACAAGAAGAGGCGCGUACCAAAUUAUCAUUCUUAAUAAAAGACCACAAAACAACAAAUAAGCAAAGUGCAAUAGAGUGUGCAAUUUUAAACACAGGGGAACGGACGCGGAAAUUUCUGAGGAAAAAUGACAACAUUCGAAUUUUAACAUCUGACAAAGGAAACAAAACGGUAGCAAUGGAAAUAAAUAGCUACAACAGUAAAAUGGCAGAUAUAUUAUGUGACCUAACUACGUAUAGAAUACAAAGACAGGAUCCCACAUCGAGAAUACAAAAUAAAAAUAAUAUUUUAGUCGACAAACUUUAUAAAAUGGAAAUAAUUUCAAAAGCCGAACGGAAUAAGCUCACCUCAACCACCGCGUUACCUCCAAGAAUUUAUGGGCUCCCUAAGAUACACAAAGAAGGAACACCUCUUAGACCCAUUUGCUCAUCCAUUGGAUCGCCAUCAUAUGGUCUAUGUAAAUAUAUUGUAAAUAUUUUAAAAAACGUAACGGUAGACUCAGUAUAUAAUAUCAAGAAUACGCUGGAUUUCAUUCACAGGACAAAAAACACUUACAUUUGUGACGAUGAAAAACUAAUUUCCUUCGAUGUGGUCUCACUUUUUCCGAGCAUACCGAUACAACUAGCACUUGACGUAAUAGAAGAAAAAUGGACAAUAAUAAAAGAACACACAAGGAUACCAAAACAAUUUUUUAUGGAAAUAGUAAAAUUUUGUAUUCAAGAAAAUUGGUACUUUAAAUUUAACGACACGAUAUAUACCCAGUUAAAAGGAAUGCCAAUGGGAUCCCCUGCCUCACCUGUCAUUGCAGAUAUUAUAAUGGAAAAGGUGGACAUGGAAGGUGGUAUGGAAAUAGCAACAAAAUUAAAGAAACAGCUGAGCGCAGAUGACUUAAAAGAACUCAUGGAGAGUGAGCCAAAUGUCGCAGAUAAGCUUACAACAACACUGAAAAAGCGACAAGAAUUUAAAUUUGAGAAAUUGCGGAACAAACGAAAUAAUAUCUUUGUCGACAACAACAAGCAUGAAGAUUGGUUUGUAAAUAAAACGAAAGAAGAGUUCCCGCCGGACGUGAAAUCAUUGCUGUCGCAAGAAAAUGCUGCUACAUCAUGGAACGUAAUUGAUUUAGAGUGCCGGUUAGAAAUUUUGAGCUCGCAUAUAAAGCAAAUGAUGGCAUAUCAGACGGAAAUUGAGAAAGAGGACCCUUGUGAUGAUAGGAGAGGUGAUAUUGAGAAGUUGUGUAUUAGUGCGAAGUCAAAGCUUUUGCAGCUUUUAGGUCAAUAUAAGCGACGUGAGAGCUCAGCGCUAGAAACGACCUUCGGCAUUACCAUGCCACAAGCAUCCCGUUUACCGAAUCUAAAAUUGCCAACGUUUAGCGGAAAAUAUGCCGACUACAAGAGUUUUAUUAGCUCCUUCAAUAACUUGGUGCACAAUGAACCACAGAUGGCGCCGAUUGAGAAAUUCAACAUUUGCUUAGUUGUUUGUCAGGUGAUGCACUUAGGACGGAUUGCGGAUAUCCAUGAAUGGACAGGAGAUGCAAUUUGGAAACAUGUUCCAACCGCUCAUAACCCGGCUGGCAUAGUCUCCAGAAGUUGCAAUGUGGACGAACCGCGGCAAUCGAUAUGGUUUAAUGGUCCGAAGUUCCUAAUACAGGAUGAAGAGAAUUGGCCAAAGAACCUGCAUUUCGAACCAACGGUGGACGUAGAAAGUCUUGAGACUCGAAAAGACAAAGCCAUAGUACUUUCCGCAUCUAAGCAGUCCAAUAUAAUUCACGGUCUGGUAGAAAACUGCUCCACGUAUCUGAAAAUCCAUGAAGAAUUUGGAGAUGAAAUUAAAUGCCCAAAGAAUUCGUCUUUGGUGAACAAGCAGAUACAAAAACUUAACCCGUUCAUAGAAUAUCGCCAAGAAAAAAAUCGAAAGUUCACCUUGUUGCGAAUGGUCAAUGUUAAUGAUUUUUCGCGGGCGUGUGAUGCAUUGUUGGAAUUCGAAGCGGGCUUCAACAACAUGCCGUGUAGCAGCCAUUCCAUAUUUUCGCUGGAGAUCCAAAAGGAGGAACUGAAGGCGCUCUGGGUAAAGGUGAAGGAUGCGUUCGAUGACUACUCGAAAAAGGUGCCGGACGACGAAACAGGUCAGGCUGCACUUCGACUGGCGAAGUGCAGAUACCAGGAUUGCUACUCAGCAUAA